AAACCACUCCAAAAUCCAAAAAAAAUCCCCCGCUUCCUCCCAAACCCAAAUUACCACUCCCUCCAAAUCCUCAUUUCCCUCCACGAGCACCCUCGACUCGACUCCAUGGACGGCGGCGGCGCGAAGGCGAAGAAGGCGGCGGCGGGGCGGAAGCUGGGCGGCGGAGGGCCGAAGAAGAAGCCGGUGUCGCGGUCCGUCAAGGCCGGGCUGCAGUUCCCGGUGGGCCGCAUCGGGCGGUACCUGAAGAAGGGUCGGUACGCGCAGCGCGUGGGCACGGGCGCGCCCGUCUACCUCGCCGCCGUCCUCGAGUACCUCGCCGCCGAGGUCCUUGAGCUGGCGGGCAACGCGGCGCGCGACAACAAGAAGAACCGCAUCAUCCCGCGCCACGUCCUCCUCGCCAUCCGCAACGACGAGGAGCUCGGCAAGCUGCUGGCGGGCGUCACCAUCGCCCACGGCGGCGUGCUCCCCAACAUCAACUCCGUCCUCCUCCCCAAGAAGGCCGCCGAGAAGGCUGAGAAGGCCGCCUCCGCUACCAAGUCGCCCAAGAAGGCCGCCGCCGCCAAGUCGCCCAAGAAGUAGUGGUGCCCGUCUCGUCUCGUCUCUUCUCGUCUCGUCGGAUUCUCAUCUCAGCUUGGCUGAGUGGGUGGUCGUGGAUGCCUUUUGCUGUUCUUGCGUGUUUGUGUGUAUGUAGUGAUGCGUCGCCUCAUGUGUCGUGUGCCUCGAUCGAUCUAAGUCUAGGUGGUUUGUUAUGGGAUCUCAGUGUUAUCUAAGAUUUAAUGAGAACAAGAGGAAGUGCCUUGCUUUCUUUGAUGGUUUGCAUUC